UUCAAGCGACAGUGCCGGAAUGCUGACAUGGCGGCUUCCAUAGCGAAUACGUUUCGACAAGGCAGCUGGAUCAAAUGUAUUGUAGUUCUUUGUGUCCUUAUUUCUUCUGUCGCUGGCCUGAUUCCAGGAUUGUACUGUGGGACAGAGAGCUGUUAUGAUGUCCUCGGAGUGUCAAGAGAAGCAGCAAAAGCUGAGAUAGCGCGUGCUUAUAGACAGCUGGCUAGAAAAUAUCAUCCGGACAGGUAUCGAGAUGGGGACCCAGGACUCGCUGGAGAGACCAAUGAAAGUGCCCAACAGAAAUUUAUGCUCGUCGCAACAGCCUAUGAAACCCUUAAAGAUGAAGAAACCAGGAAAGAUUACAACAACAUGCUGGAUAACCCAGACCAGUACUACAGUCACGUUUAUGCAUACUACAGCAGAAGGCUGGCGCCUAAAGUGGAUGUGAGGAUAGUGAUCCUAGUAACAGUCUGUGCCAUUUCUGUGUUUCAGUAUUACAGCUGGUGGAGUAGCUACACUGAAGCCAUAAACUACCUGGCCUCUAUGCCAAAGUACCGCAUCCAGGCAACACAGCUUGCAAAGGAGCAGGGGCUACUGAACCGGACCAAGGAGAAAGGAAAGAACAGGCGCUCAAAGGAGGAGAUUCGAGAAGAGGAAGAGGAGAUCAUCCGCGACAUCAUCAAGAACAAGAUUGACAUUAAGGGCGGUUAUCAGAAGCCUAAUGUGUCAGACAUCCUGCUGUUCAAACUGGUGCUGUUUCCCUACCACCUCUGCAUGUAUAUAGCGUGGUACUGUUCCUGGAUAUACCGGUUCACCCUAAGAAAAGAGGAGUAUGGCAAGGAGGAGAAGCUCUACCUUAUCCGCAAACACAUGAAGAUGUCACAAGCACAGUUCGACAGCCUGGAGGACCACCUGCACGACACAUACUUGGAGAGGCAGCUUUGGAUUAAGGAGAACUAUGAGGUGUAUAAACAAGAGCAGGAGGAGGAGAUGAAGGUAAAAAUGGCACAGGACUCCAGGUGGAAGCGCUACCGCAGAUGGAUGAAGAAUGAAGGACCGGGUCGUCUCACUUUCAUUGAUGAUUGAUGAUUAAAAAAAACAUACAAAAAUGAACAACCCCUACCCCCCAACCUACACAGAGACAUAUGUGCUCACAUGCACAUAUCAAACAUUUAAAACCAACAUGCCAAUACGCAGUAUGUAAUGCAUCCCAAGCUUUGCGUAUGUACGUGCAUACACUCGUGUGUGAACCUCAUACUGAUUGCUUGGGCUCGUCAUGUGUGUUUUUAUACAAACAUUUACAAAUGUUGGUGACUGGUGUCUUAUGAAGCAUUAGGGAGGUACGUCUGAAAUGGGCUCUUGGUUUCUGGCUGUGGAUCGAGCAAUUCAAUCUACAGCCAAAUCUGCACAUUUGUCAACCAUUUUGCCAUGAAUUUUUUUCUGCGGUGUCAUUGAUUUCAUAUUUUAUAAUAUUAUUAAAAUGGUAAUGGUAAAGCGUGGUAUUUUUGUGUCCAAUUAUAGUGUUCCAUUAACUCAAAAUGUUAUGUCUCACCCAUCCAACUUUUUUUUUACAUUUAGACAAACAUGUUAAGAGGUGCAUGAUAAUAGCACGUAUGCCAUUUGAAGCUGCAUGCCACACAUGUUGCAUAUGAUAUCUAUGUUUACAUUUUUUUUCGUGGUGUCUAAAGGGCAUUUGGGCGGUAAUUUAAGGAAGGUGUUAGCAUGUUGCAAUUGUUGUUGCACUAGCUACAAAUAGAAACAAGGCAAUUAAAACAAAAACUUGAAUAAUGCAAAUUAGAAAAUCAAGUGAUCCCUGCCAUUCUUGCCCAAAGAUUUUGAUUCCAUUACCUAAGUUUUUACAUAUGUUUUUUUUUUUGUCUUGUCAGGCUAGCUUUAUGAAAUGUCCUAAAAGAUGCUUAGAUGUCUGAAGUACUUGCAUUAUAGCAAUAGGCACUACACAAUAGUUCUGUGACAGGGCUGUUUUUUUACACAGAAUGGCUGCUAGUUAAACUGUUGAGGUUGACGUUGGACAAAAUAAAUGACCCCCUCUGCACCUUUUAACAGCAGUAGCAUCACCUAUAUUAAUGUCCUAGACCUAGAGAACAGAUACUGAAUCAGAGAGAUGUUAACAUUCUGUUUUAUGAAGCAUUUAUGUGAAGGGGAUGAUUUCCUGUUACCUUCUUAUUUUCUUUUUCAUUUAAGCAGUGAAGACAUUAGACAACACUGUAAAAAGUAAAUCAGACAACAUUUAGAGUGGAGGUCACAAUUGCUGACCAAACAACUCCAGAGGGCCUGGUCACCGGGGUCACAUUAAUUUGUUUAGAAUUAGUCUUAGAAACAGUAAUAUUACCACAAAUGCCUUAAUCUUAUUUAUGUAUGUAUGUAUGUGUAUGUAUGCUAUCAGUUCAAAACAAAUCAGACCCCCAAUAGAAUACACAUUUACAGGUCUGUAAACUAGUCUAUUCUUCAAUACAGUCUCACAGACUACAUUGUGUAAUAUCUAAGGAAGUCGUGCUGUGAGGUUUUAUACAGAGAUCUUUGAGAUGCUGUGGUUCAAAUCUUUUUUUUUUCAUAUCUGUCACUUCUAUGACUGUUGGCUGUGCUGUUUGAUAAUCAGAUGGUGUUUGUGACAACUGCUGUAGGAAAAUAAAAACACAUUUUACAGUUG